AUAAGAGCUCUUAAUAUUUUACUCUCUAUAUAUGCCCACCCUCUCUAAGUGUACAUUCUACUAUUUUUUUACUAUGGUCCCAAGGGGAAUGCACUUAGAGAGGUGUACGACAAACCUGAAGUGGCCGAAAAGUUUGAAUAUAUGGAAGAUGUUAGUCGGGUGACUCGGGUCAUGUCGGUAGCGUCAAGUACUCCACAAACUAAAAAUUAUUUAGCAAUAGUGCCAAAGCCAAAAGUACAAAAGCCAAAGCUGACUGAACCAUAUUCACCGGCCAUAACGAAACCUAAGCCACCAAGAACGAAGAGUCCUUCACCACCACAUGUCAUUAAAGCUAAUCCCGUACCCGAUUAUAAAGAACCAAAUAGACCGGUGAUUGAACACCGGUUAAUCGAAUUACCAAUGUUUAGUUUACUUGGUGAGGAAAUUUCCAAGAGGAAAUCACAAGAAAUUAAAGAAAGGAUUCGUCAAGAAAAAGAGAAAUGGAAAAGAUGCGUGAAUUUAAGCGCAGCCACUUCCUACUGGUUCCCCUGAUGUAUGUAGCCAUCACGCUCAACCUAUUCGAUAUUAUUCACCGAUAAAUAUACAUAAAAAACCGACAAGACCAAUUUCUCCCAUG